GGGAGGGAUGCGACUCUUCCGCGAAACUCCGUGAAUACUUAGAUAGUUUGAACACCGAGCACCACUGGGUGCUUAUAAAUGGACUUGUAGGCAUAUAAGUGGAUUUCCUUCUCUCACAACACUUUCUCUACAUUUAUAUAGCUUUCAACUCAACUCAUUUCAUAAGCAAAACUAGAAGUAGAAAACAAUGGCAGAAGGAGGAGAGCCUUCAUAUGCAAGGAGGAAAGAAGAAGAAGAUGAUCAGAGAGUUCCAUUUUAUAUGCUUUUUGCUUUUGCAGACAGAACUGAUGUAAUAUUGAUGUUGGUGGGAACUUUGGGUGCCAUUGCAUCUGGAAUUUCAAAGCCAUUAAUGUCUCUUAUUUUUGGUGACCUUGUUAACUCUUAUGGGAAAUCAGACCAAUCUAACAUUCUUGAUCAAGUUUCUGGGAUAUCCCUUAAGUUCGUCUACUUGGCCAUUGGUUCAGGCAUAGCUUCACUAUUCC